UAAGAACGUAUUCAAUCGUAAAAAUAAUAUCACGAUGAAGAGAGCCAUUGGAAUCGCGUUGUUCGCAUUGGUGACGAUCGCAGUUGCUCAUCCAUCAGGAUCUGGAGAGGCUCCGGGCAAUCAACUGAGUCAGGACGGCGCCAAUCAACCCCCUCAGCUCGUCGACCUCAUCAACACAGCUCAAGAAAAUAUCAACAAUCUUGGAAAACAAAUUCAAGAACAACUCAAUCUUCCCGACCAAGCAACCGUUGUUAAUACCAUCAAAACCCAGAGCACCAAUCUCGUCAACAAUGUUCAAUCUUACGUGGCUCAAGUCUCCGAGGAGAUCAAGGCUAAGAGCCCGGAACUGGAAUCGUUGUGGACCGACAUAAAAGCUAAAUUGAACAAAGCAGUGGAAGACAUCAACGCCCAAAUCCCCAACGCUCAGGAGCAGGCUGCUCAGCUCCAGGCCAAAUUCAACGAGGGUGUGAGCGUUCUCGUGAGCGAAUCUGACAAAGCUGCGAAGGCGAUAAACCAAAAUUCGGCCAAGGCACAAGAGGACAUUGCCAAAUUCACGAAACAAGCUGUCGAAAUCGCGGUUCAGGCGACCCAAAAUCUUAACGCUCAGCUUAAAAAACAAGCCUCCGCCGCUCAGGCCGCUUGAGGAAAAAAGCAUUUUGUAUAUAUUAAUUGUUCGACGAAUUGUUGAGGAAUUUCCCUUUAUCCAGCGGUACGAAGCUGAGCUCGCGUCCUUCGUAAUGAUCUCGUCCGCGUCGUUGGGAGCUUUGCAGUAACCAGAGCACUAGUUCCCUUACUAUUUUGUGUACGCGUACUAAAUUCGAAUUACAAUUGAACCUUCAAGUCCUGACGUCGAGCACAUAUGUACAGAGUUGGAAUGAAAUAAAACUUCGACGAAUAAUCCGAA